AUGUCGCCGAAGCGAAAAGCAGGUGCUAUCGAUGACAACUCCACGGAAAACACGAAAGCGCAAUGUAUGAAGUCUUCUAAUCCUCCGGGCUUCAGUCCAUGCCCUAUUUCGCAUGUCUACCGCCUUAUCGAGCCCGGUCCUGUGCUGCUAGUUUCAACAGGAUCUCUGGAGCAGUCAACACAUAAUAUCAUGACUAUCGGCUUCCAUAUGAUGAUGCAGCAUGAGUCACCACCUCUAAUUGGGAUUACACUCGGCCCAUGGGACGCCUCCUUCGCGGUUCUCAAAAAACGCCGUGAGUGCGUCCUCGCCGUGCCCUCCGUGGAAAUUGCGCAGAAGACCGUCGACAUUGGCAAUUGCUCUUCAAAUGACAGUGACACAAAUAAGUGGGAACGUUUCGAUAUAGAUGCUCUUCCUGGACUCAAGGUCCAGGCCCCCCUCGUGGGCGGACCGCAUGUAAUCGCGAAUAUCGAGUGUGUGGUGGAAGACACGGCGCUGGUUAAUAAGUACUCCAUGUGGGUUCUCAGGCCGAUCGCGGCGUGGGUUGCCCCUCAGAGGGGGACGAUGUUCCACCAUCAAGGGCAGGGGAUUAUGGUGGCCGACGGAGAAGUUCUGAACUUCAAGGACAGAAUGGUUAAGUGGCAGGAGUUCAUGGAGUGA